UGAUCAUUCGUUAAAGCGUGGAGUCCUAAGAAACACGCACUUGCUAGACUGUGGCGGAUGUCGGCAAACGAACGGGUAAUGUUUCUUGAGUUGCCACAAUAAGUUUGAAUAGGCAGUCAACUUGCUCUUGUGAUCUUGUUUUGUGAUUUCUGAAUUAUCAGUGUUAAUUUGUAAGUGCUUUUGUUCGUUAAACACUUACAUAAUCGUUACGCUGUGAAUACGGGUUUUGUAAACUACAUUUUUUAUCGCGUUGCGUCAUUAUCCUUACAGGAUAAAAGCUAAAUUCGAAGAAAAAUUACGUGCGUGCUAAGAAAAACGUGUGGAGUCUGCUCCUUAAAGGAUAUAAAGCAAAGGAUUGUAAAAAAGUUCUCAAGUGUAACUACUUUCUCUAAACAAGGAUAACUAUUAGACUCAUUUAUCAGUAUGCCAACAGCCGCUGAAGAAUCGAUCGACGCUUUCCAGCAUUACUACUCGCGUCCACCAGAGCGCCCGAAGUCGCGUUCAUGGAAACAGGUGAUUUAUGAUCCUGAAGAAAAAACUUACUGUGGUCGCACAGUGGACAGUUGGGCAAAGAUCGGCAUCUUCUACACAGCUUUCUAUGGCGUAUUAGCCGCACUGGUGGCCAUUUGCAUGUGGGUAUUCUUUCAAACGCUAGAUCCGCGCAUACCCAAGUGGACAUUGGAUAGCUCCAUAAUCGGCACAAAUCCAGGUCUUGGUUUCCGUCCGCUGCCACCAUCGGACAAUGUUGAGAGCACAUUGAUUUGGUACAAGGGUACGCAACAUGAGAACUACAAACACUGGACGGAUUCGUUGGAUGAGUUCUUAGCGGUCUACAAAGUGCCUGGCCUUACACCUGGCCGUGGUCAGAACAUCUACAAUUGUGACUACAAUCAACCGCCACCAAAGGGUCAGGUUUGCGAUGUCGACAUUAAAACAUGGAAUCCUUGCACCAAGGAAAACAAUUACAGCUACCACAAGAGCUCACCAUGUGUUUUCUUGAAGUUGAAUAAAAUCUAUGGUUGGAUACCGGAAUAUUACAAUGACUCCAAGGACUUGCCCGAUAACAUGCCAACCAGCUUGAAAACUUAUAUUGGUGAAAUGGAGAAGACGCAAAAUCACAAGUUAAACACCAUUUGGGUUUCAUGCGAAGGCGAGAAUCCAGCUGAUCAAGAGAAUAUCGGUCCCGUCAACUACUUGCCAAUUCGUGGCUUCCCUGGCUACUUCUAUCCUUACCAGAACUCAGAGGGUUAUCUUAGCCCACUCGUCGCUGUGCACUUCGAGCGACCGAAGCGUGGCAUCAUCAUCAAUAUCGAAUGCAAGGCUUGGGCACGCAAUAUUUUGCACGAUCGCAAGGAGCGACUAGGUUCCGUGCACUUCGAGUUGCUGAUCGAUUAACAGAGUGUGGGAAAAAUGUUCGACGUUUACAACAA